AUGGCGUUCGUGUUAAUUGCAGUUCCGCUUCUGCGGAAGAUGGUGACCGAACAGUUGGCGUCCGAAACAUCCAAUCUAUUUGACGACUCACCAUUAUCGCUAACAGGCCCAGGUGGAACUGGUAAGUCUAAAAUUGUCGACGCAGUACGAGGCCUCGCCACAGCUUGGUUUCGUCCGAACGCAGUUAUGGUGACGGCUUUAACCGGAAUUGCAGCAGCAACACUUCGUGGAACCACAAUACACAGCUCUGUCGGUCUUGGUAUUAAUCAGACAAGAUUACCAAAGCACCUUCAACAUCCGUCACAAGAACAGCUUGAGAAGUGGGAUCCAGUGCUGUGUAUUAUAGCAGACGAAAUGUCAAUGGCAGAUCUAGUUCUGCUUGGGCUUUGGGGUCAAGCACUGUGUCACCUGAAGGAGAACUCUAAACCGUUCGGAGGACUUAUUGCUGUGCUGAUGUUUGAUCAUUGUCAGCUUUUAUCCGUGAGAGGUGUUCCGCUUUUUAAGACAUCAAGCCCAGCUAAGCCAUUUUCCCCCAAUCAAGAUUACGGAGCAAACCUUUAUCAAGCAAUCACCAAAGUGGUGUAUUUAGACGAGAGCAUGCGCUUCAAUGAUGACCCGGAAUGGGGUUUUUGGCUGGCGAAAGCUCGUCUUGGAGAGUGGACCCCCGAGUUUCGUGCAUUUAUUCAAUCGAGAGCUGACGCGUAUAAUUGUUCAUCUGUACACGACUUCAUCCAAGUCGUCUCAAGCGACAACGUUACCAGAUCAGCAACGAACAAUAUGGCUACCAAAAUUGCAGCUGCGACGCUAGUCUCUUCCCGACGCGUAUACGUUGCACCCGCACAGCUAUCAAGUGAUAUCACAUCGUUGGACCUGAUUAAAAUUCGAUCUCUUCCGGCCAGUCAAACCGGAGGUGUCCAGGUGUUUUUGCCUCUUUACGUUGGCUAG